CGGAAGUUGCUUUGUUUUGCUUCAAGAUGGCUGCGGGGAUGUAUUUGGAACAUUAUCUGGACAGUAUUGAAAACCUGCCAUUUGAACUGCAGAGAAACUUCCAGCUCAUGAGGGACCUGGACCAAAGAACAGAGGACCUGAAGGCUGAAAUCGACAAGUUGGCCACUGAGUAUAUGAGUAGCGCCCGCAGCCUGAGCUCCGAGGAGAAACUGGCCCUUCUCAGACAGAUCCAGGAAGCCUAUGGCAAGUGCAAGGGAUUCGGUGACGACAAGGUGCAGCUUGCCAUGCAGACCUAUGAGAUGGUGGACAAACACAUUCGGCGACUGGACACAGACCUGGCCCGUUUUGAGGCUGAUCUGAAGGAGAAGCAGAUUGAGUCAAGUGACUAUGACAGCUCAUCCAGCAAAGGCAAAAAGAGCCGGACUCAAAAGGAGAAGAAAGCUGCCCGUGCUCGUUCCAAAGGGAAAAACUCCGACGAAGAAGCCCCCAAGGCCGCCCAGAAGAAGUUAAAACUUGUGCGCACAAGCCCUGAGUAUGGGAUGCCCUCAGUGACCUUUGGCAGUGUCCACCCCUCUGAUGUGUUGGAUAUGCCUGUGGAUCCCAACGAACCCACCUAUUGCCUUUGUCACCAGGUCUCCUAUGGAGAGAUGAUUGGCUGUGACAACCCUGAUUGUUCCAUCGAGUGGUUCCACUUUGCCUGUGUGGGGCUGACCACCAAGCCUCGGGGGAAGUGGUUUUGCCCACGCUGCUCCCAAGAACGGAAGAAGAAAUAGACAAGGGCCUUGGAUUCCAACACAGUUUCUUCCACGUCCCCUGACCUGGGCUAGUGGGGAGAGGGAUGCCUGGCUGGGGUCAGGGAGAGGUGGGUGGCGCGGAGUUGUCAUCCCCUCUCCUCCCCUCCCCACUCCUGGUGCUGAGGCGGCCCCCAGACCCUGGUACCGGGGUUGCUGCAGCCGCUAACGGUAUGUGCUGUCAUUCAGCCCGCCCCCUUCAGAGGGAAGGGGUCUUGCCCACUGUCCUUGUGCCUCCAUGCUGAGGUUGGUGCUGUGUUUUUGAGGGAUGGUCCUCUUUACUCCCCUUGCUUUGUAUUUAAGGACUGGGGCCGUAGCGUGGGGCCCUCCCCCAGCCUCCUGAUCCCCUCCCCUCAUGGGGGGCCAUGGCGUGAUAAACUUUCUUCACUCUCUUCCUGCUUUUCCAGCGGGGGCUCCUCCAGAUCAUCUGGGCAGUGGCCCUGGCUGAAGGGUCACCCCUUCCUCUGUGCCAAGAGGAUUCGUCCUGGUUUGUGAGUGGGAGGGGCAGGGUGGAGUGCAGAUAUCUCAUAUGUAAAGGAAUUGGGUCUGUGAAUAAAAGCUGUACAUGUUGGCCUGCAGUGUUUAUUGUAGAGACACUCUUUU